UCUGAUACUAGUUGCGCUCGUUUUGGGCUUUAUUUACUAUUUUUUUUUUGCUGUUGAGUUUUCCCAGAAGAGGCGCAAUCAGAGCACAAUUCCACUUCAAUUGAACAAUUAUUGGAUAAAGUACGCAUGUGCACAGGUUGAAAUAAAAGGAUUUUCUUGAAAUUAAAUAAAGAAACAGUUUUUAUAUAUGGUGAACAUAGUUUAAUUGGGAAAGUAAUUGUCAAUUUGUUAUUAGCGAAAGUGAUUAAAUUGCAUUGUCAUUAAUAUAAAGAUACGCAUCUGCUCAUCUAAGUUGGAUGAGUCAACCAAAUUCAAUCGAAACAAUACAAUUAAAUAAGAUUGCAUUAUAAUUCAGUUGCAAUGUCGGUGUCACGAUCUCGUAGCAUUUUAUCACCCAACAAUAGUGGUAACUUCGAAGCGAGCAAUGGUAUAGCAAAUGGAAAUAGCGCUGGCAGCAGCGUUGGUAUUGGUGCUGGCGGUAGCAGCAGGAGCAGUGGCUAUGUCAAAGACCGGUACAUUGAGGAGCUGCCAUCACAGCAAUUACGUUUACUAUGUGAACAUUUGGACGAAAUGCAAGUUUGGAUGCAAUUGGCCGAAGUCAUGCAAUUAAGACCAGCCGAUGUGAAGUUUAUAAACCAACAACAAGAGUUGGGCAAGUCACCAUCUUGGCAGUUGAUACGAAAGUGGGGUAUUGAAUGCAAGCAUACAGUCACUGAACUUUUUAUGCUUUUGUGGAAAAAUGAACAACAUCACGCCAUGCGUAUGCUAAAGGACUUUGUGGAGCGCAAAUAUCAGCUCCUUAUACCAAGGAGUCAACCACGGUUAACUAUGCUAAUGGCUAAUUCGGACAUAAAACAGCUGAAUGGUCCCAUAAACUCUUCCUCAUCCGGUGUAAGUAAUUCCAAUAACAACACCUCAAUUUCCUCCUAUGAACAAACCGCACCUACAUCUACCCAACGCAUUGAACAAGAUGUGCGUGAAUUCGCUCGCUACAUGAUCGAAAUAAGUUACGAGGAAUUGACGGAAGCCACUGAAAAUUGGAGUGAACAUUUAAAGCUUGGAAGAGGUGGUUUUGGAACUGUUUAUAAAGGCACAUGGAAGUGUACCGAAGUAGCUGUCAAACAGUUGCAAUACAAUGCAGUCAACGGCCGGGACAGCAGCAAAGUGCAACUACAACAGAGUCUCAAUGAACUAAAGCAUUUGAGCCGUUAUCGUCAUGACAAUGUUUUACCACUAUUUGGUUACUCUUUGAAUGGAGAAAAACCUUGCUUGGUCUAUCAACUAAUGAAAGGUGGAACAUUGGAGCAGCGUUUAUACUCGAAGAAAGAAAACCCAUUGACUUGGAAGGAACGUGUCGAAAUUUGUCUCGGUGCAGCGCGUGGUAUCAAUUUUCUACACGUUUGUGAUAUUAAACCUCUCAUACACGGUGACAUAAAGCCCGCGAAUGUGCUACUUGAUGUUUGUUUGACACCUCGUAUAGGUGAUUUUGGAUUGGCCCGCGAAGGACCCGCUUCAGUAAGCCGCUCAGUUACUGUAUCUCAAAUUUACGGCACAAAACCAUAUUUGCCUCAGGAGUUUUUACGCGGCAAAAAGCUUAGCACAAAAGUGGACACGUAUAGUUAUGGUGUUAUGUUGUUGGAGACAUUCACAGGCUUGCGAGCAGUGGAUCAAAAUCGUAAACCACAUUUGUUGCCAGAAUAUAUAAAUGGUAUUCGUAAAGAUCAGUUUGACGACCUCAUAGAUGCACGACAACCGAUACAAAAUGGUGAACGUGAUAUGUGUAAAAAUUUGAUAUUAUUAGGUUCGCAGUGUGUGGCCUUUGAAGCAGACGAUCGCCCGGAGAUGAAAUAUGUUUACGACACCAUAAACAUCUGUAAAAUAUAUCCCGAGUGAAAUGAAACAAGGAGAAAAAAGAAAGGACGAGAAGGAAAUCAGCAAAAGUAUAUUUGUUUUGUGCCUUAAUUGAUUAAAUAAAGUUUUAAAUGUUAUACAUUCGUUAGAUAUAAGAUCUACAUAGUUAUGUAAAAGAAGUAUAACUAUGAAGUUUCUCGCAGUUAAAUGCAUUCGCCAUAUAUCAAAAAUUCAAUUGCAUCACAAUUUAAUUAUGUACAUAUAUA